AUGUCCCCGGAGGAUCGCGAGAACUUCAACUUCGAUGCCGCCACCAUCGACUGGCCCACCUACAUCUUCAACUACUACCUCGGCACCGAGCGCUUCAUCCCUGCCUCCCUGCCUGGGAACCCCGCUCGCAACCGCGUGCUCAGCUGGCUGCUGGUGGCCUCUUUCUACACGGUGCAGUUCUUCGCCGCGGUCUUCCUCUUCUACUAUGUCUUUGGGGAGCGCAUUCAGAACCAGCUCUUCGGCGAGGAUAGCAUCCUUUCGCCGCUCGAGCAGCCGGCCAUCAUCGAGCUUGAGGACGACUUUGCCGGGGGCAUGGCCGCCGGUGGCUCUCCUAUUGCCGGUGACCUGUAA